AUGAGACAAUUUAUUCACCUGAUUUUCAUUUGCUGGGGACUUUCAUAUUGUUUUUCUGCAAAAAACCCAGAGCUGGACACUGAAUGGGAACUGUUUAAGUCCACCUAUGGAAGGAACUAUACUGCGAAGGAGGAAUCUUUUAGGAGACAGAUAUGGGAAAGGAAUCUGAAGUUCAUCAAUGAUCACAAUCAACUGUAUGAAGAGGGGAACCUGACAUACUACCUGGAGAUGAAUGAAUUUGGGGACAUGACUGAUGAGGAAUUCAUGGGAAUGCUGAACACCCGCAUGGCACCAAGGAUAAGGAGAGAUACUGCAGCCAACACUUUUUCAAACUCUUCUGAUCUUCCCAUAUCAGUGGACUGGAGAAAGCAAGGCUAUGUGACCCCUGUUAGAAAUCAGAGGAGGUGUGGCUCCUGCUGGGCAUUCAGUGCAACUGGAGUUCUGGAAGGCCAGCUCUUCCGGAAAACAGGCAAACUUGUGAAACUGAGUCCACAGAAUCUAAUUGACUGUGCCAGAUUCCAAGGCUGUCGUGGGGGAAGUGUAGUUGCUGCUUUCAAUUACAUAAAAAAAAAUAAGGGCAUAGUCUCUGAGGAGUGCUACCCUUAUGUGGCCAAGAAAAAUAAGCAGUGCUCAUAUAGAAGUGAAUGUGCAGCUCUUACAAUAAAAAAGCAUGUGGUCCUCCCCUUUGGAAAUGAAAAAGUUCUGAUGAAGACUGUGGCAAAUGUGGGGCCAGUGGCUGUGUCAGUGCAUGCACCAAAGUCCUUCAGCUACUAUAGAGGAGGUAAGGGGCCAACCAACUGGGGUGCGUGGUGGGGUGAAAAAGGCUACAUGCGUAUUGCAAAGGACAAGAACAACCACUGUGGUAUUGCUACCCAUGCUGUCUAUGCUAUUCUGUGA